UCACCACCUGCCGCAGGAGGUGCGCUAGGAUGGUGUAGGAGGACUGCGCGGCGAAGACGGGGCUCUGCACCAGCAUGAAGAGCGCGCGCACGUCGUCCUUGGAGUGCAGGCUGCAGGAGGCAGAAAGGAAGCGCGGAUGGCUGUGGCGAACAGCACCAUGACCCCGCUGCCCGUGCGUUGGCGCUUCCCGCAGGAGGCGGAAGAGGAGGACGAGUCGCUGGAGCAGGACUCGCUGGGCAACGGGGAGUUCGACAGUCUGCAGCACCCCGGCGGCGCGCCGGUCCCGCCCCCGCCCGCGCCACCGGCCGACGACCCGACGGACGCCUGGGCCCCGCAGAGUAUCUUGGACGCCGCCCCAAGAGACGCCCACUCCUUCGAGAUGCAGCAGUUCGCCUACGCGACGCGCGACUCGCGCUUCGACAUUCUGAAGCAGGCCGGCCACGCGUUCCAGCAGCACUGUCGCGGGCGGGCGGACGACCGCCGCUACGGGGGCGGCGGCAACAACAACAACAACAACAACAACAGCUACGCGUUGCCGCCCAUUCGCGAGCAGCCCGGGGAGGUGGGCGACGGGGACGACGAAGAGGAGGAGGAGGAGGACGACGAGGAUGAAGAGGAAGAAGACGAGGACGAAGAAGAGGAGGAGGAGGAGCCCGAUGGGAGGAGGCUGUCGCCCGCCGGGGAGGCCCGCGACGCUCGGCCCGGGUCACGGGAUUCCUCCGCGUCCCCAGCUUCCAAUCGCGGCGGGCGUCCAACGCUGCAGCUGGUGGGCGUGACGCUGGACAGCAGCAGUUCGGACGACGCGAGCGUGGACAGCGGGCACGGCGCCAGCGCCAGCGGCGGGUCGGCGGGGGCGGCGGGCGCGCAGGGGCCCAAGGGCUCGCCCGCCUCGUCGUCCUCGUCGUCGCCCGCGCGCCGC